GCACCCGCGGCGCCCUUAAGAACGCGCAUGCACACUCUCCUUCAGGAGAAUCCGGAAUCAUGAAACAACAGGGACCACUGCUGCAGGUGUGAAUGGAUUAUUUGCUUUUCGUUCGGACUUGUUGGGGUUUCAUCCGAAUUAACUAACGAGGCAGACCACAAAGAGUGGAAAAGGGGGCACUCCGUACUCUAUCUAAUUCAGGGAGAUUUGCAUGAGCUGAUCCAAAACAGAGGAUGGCCCUGUUCGAUCGGAACCAGAGGCAGAGGUCGUCGUUCUGCUCCACGGCGACCUUCGUCGUGUUCGUCGCGCUCUGCCUCCUCGGCAUGUGGAUGAUAUCCUCCCCCGAGAACGUCCCGUCGGCCAUUUCCUUGUCCUCGGAGAAGGUCGUCAAGUCCGACGUCAAAGAGGAGGACAGCUCCAUUGACGCCACCAAUACCGUCAAGCAGGACAGUGCCAACGUCGUCUCAGAGGCGACCACGGACGGUGGCGCUGCCACGGAGAGCGCCGAGGAUGUCGACCUCCCGGGCAAGCCCGGUGGCGGUGGAGCAUCAGAAGGCGAUGGCGGGAAGGCGUCGUCCAAGGACCAGUCGUUUGACGACGAGAACGGCAGAACCGAGAGCGGGGAGCUCGUCAAACCAGGGGCCGGAGAGACGGACGCCGUCGCGGGGCAGGAGCAGGACAAGGGCACUGGCGAGGACCCGGUGCUGGAGAACGACGCGAAGGUCGAUGCCGCCGGCAAGGAGCAGACGCCGAUCGACACCAAGGAUGCCUCCGGGCUGGAUCAGAGCGUCGAGCAGACAGUCACGGACACGAAGGCGAGCGCAUCAGAGCAGGCGGCGGCGACUGGCCUCGACAAGGUGAGCAGCGCCGAGGCAGGCGGUGGCACGCCCAAGAAACUGACGUUCGAUGACGAGAACGGCAAGAUGGACGGAGUCGACCUCGUGAAGGAUGACGGCAACAAGACUCGCAUCUCGGAGGAGAGUGCCAAGGUCGAAGGCGCCGCGUUGACGGUGAAGCCAUCGGCCAAAGCGGCGACAGCGACUGCCACCGACGCUGAGAAACAGGAGGAGGCGUCGGCGGUUGCUACUGACGCUGAGAAACAGGAGGAGGCGUCGGCGGUCGCCACUGACGCCAGCACCACUGCAUCCACCACGACUUCCGAGGACGAGAGGAAACAGGACGGUGUCGAGCAGCAGCUGCCUGCAACGGAGGCGCAGCCUAACGUCCAGGCAGAGCUACUCACAGAGCGCGCGGCACAGAACGGAUCGUUCACGACGCAGGCGGCGGAGUCCACCGAGGAGAAGAAGAACCGCGCCGAGAAGAAAGGGAAGAAAGGAAAGAAGAAGGCGGCCGGCGUGGCGGCGGUGGCAUGGAAACUGUGCAACUCGAGCGCCGGCGCCGACUACAUCCCGUGCCUGGACAACGUGGCGGCCAUCAAGAAGCUCAAGACGGACAAGCACUACGAGCACCGGGAGCGGCACUGCCCCGAGGUGGCACCGACGUGCCUGGUCCCGGCGCCGCCGGAGUACCGAGAGCCGAUCCGGUGGCCGCACAGCCGCGACAAGAUCUGGUACUACAACGUGCCGCACACGAAGCUGGCGGAGUACAAGGGCCACCAGAACUGGGUGAAGGUCUCGGGCGAGUACCUGACGUUCCCGGGCGGCGGCACGCAGUUCAAGCACGGCGCGCUGCACUACAUCGAGUUGAUCCAGAACUCGUUCCCGGAUGUGGCGUGGGGGAGGCAAAGCCGCGUAGUGCUGGACGUCGGCUGCGGCGUGGCCAGCUUCGGCGGGUACCUGUUCGACCGCGACACGCUUACCAUGUCCCUGGCGCCCAAGGACGAGCACGAGGCGCAGGUGCAGUUCGCGCUGGAGCGCGGCAUCCCGGCCAUCUCCGCCGUGAUGGGCACCCAGCGCCUCCCGUUCCCCGCCAACGUCUUCGACGUCGUGCACUGCGCGCGCUGCCGCGUGCCGUGGCACAUCGACGGCGGCAUGCUCCUCCUCGAGCUCAACCGCCUGCUCCGCCCGGGCGGCUUCUUCGUCUGGUCGGCCACGCCGGUGUACCAGAAGCUCCCGGAGGACGUGGAGAUCUGGGACGAAAUGGUGAAGCUGACCAAGGCGAUGUGCUGGGAGUUGGUGGCGAAGACCAGGGACACCGUCGACCUGGUCGGACUCGUCAUCUUCCAGAAGCCGAUAGACAACGUCUGCUAUGAUAGGAGGCCGGAGAAGGAGCCGGCACUGUGCGAGCCCUCCGACGAUCCCAACGCUGCAUGGAACAUAAAGUUCCGGGCGUGUAUGCACCGUGUUCCCGAGGACCAGUCAGUGCGUGGCGCCCGGUGGCCGGUGCUCUGGCCGGCGAGGCUGCGGAAGGCGCCAUACUGGCUGGACCGCAGCCAGGUGGGUGUGUACGGCAAGCCGGCUCCGGACGACUUCGCGGCGGACCUCCAGCACUGGAAGAAGGUGGUCCGGAGCUCGUACCUCGCCGGCAUGGGCAUCGACUGGAAGACCAUCCGGAACGUCAUGGACAUGAGGGCCGUCUACGGAGGGUUCGCGGCGGCACUGCGGGACAUGAAGGUGUGGGUGAUGAACGUGGUGACCAUCGACUCGCCGGACACGCUGCCGGUGAUCUACGAGCGCGGGCUGUUCGGGAUCUACCAUGACUGGUGCGAGUCCUUCAGCACCUACCCGAGGUCCUACGACCUCCUCCAUGCCGACCACCUGUUCUCCAAGCUCAAGCCCAGGUGCAAGGUGUUGCCGGUGAUCGUGGAGGUGGACCGGAUCCUGAGGCCGAACGGCAAGCUCAUCGUGCGGGACGACAAGGAGACGGUGGACGAGAUCCAGGGCGUGGUGAGGUCUUUGCAGUGGGAGGUCAGGAUGACCGUGUCCAAGAACAAGCAGGCAAUGCUGUGUGCGAGGAAGACGACGUGGCGGCCCACGGAAAUCGAGACCAGAUGACCUAACCGUGUAGUUGUUUCAAAACACGUAAGUACAGAACAGAUCGAUCUACACACUUGGUGCUGCAGUAUUGCAAUAACUAAGUGAGCUAGUCCUUAUAUGACAAAAAAAAGACAAAGGAAAACCUGAGCGAUAUGUAGAUGAUUGGAAACAUUUUGUAGGUAUUGUGUGUUAUAUUGUUUUUGGGGGUCUUGCUUGUACCUGGCACUUCAAAUCGAGUACAUAGAUAUGUAAUUUGUGCAGUUAUCGAAUAAAUCGUAGCAAAUGCCCUAUAUAUCUAUUAAAAAAAUCAGAAUUAUUCAUCGGUAGCAAAAAAGGUUACCAAGACGUGGAGGGCCAAUCAGUGUCAGUGUUCAUAAAAGGGUUUAGAAUUUGAUCAACAGUCAAUAUAGGGCCCGUUUGAGACUUUUUAUAUGAAGAGCUUUUAUGAGAAUCUGAAUUCCUAGAUAAUCUAUCUGUUAGGUGAAUCUGGAUAUCGUGGAGCUUGCGUGCAGAGGAAGACGAAAGGGGUCUGCACACAGUUUGUUGUUUAGGAUACGACAUAUUGCUCUCAUGUGGUGACUCGGCGGAUUUUGUACUCACGUUAAUUUGGUUGAUUUUUGUAGAAGCUAUUCUCACACAAAUGGAUUAAGAAACGAAUCGUUUGAUGGCUAGAAUCUAGCCAGGAGCCAAAAAAACAGGGCCAUAAUAGCAUAUAUUGCAAUGUAUUAUGUAUUCAUAUUCGACCAUGAUAGAAUUGAAGAAAAGUUGUAGAUGACUGGAAACAUUUUGUAGGAGUUGUGUUAUAUUGUUUUUAGAGGGUUUCGAUGGAUAUAUAUUUUCUAGUGGUCUUGCUUGCA